UUCUAUUCGCGCUUCCGUAACGAUGAGGUCGUACUUUCUUCGAGCCUUCGGUGGAAAUUGUCGGUGCUUCGUGGUGGAAAACCAUUUGUAGCAACUGCCCUCGAAAGGAGCAUGAGCGAUUAUUGUUGGUGAAGUGAUCAAGUUUCGAUGCCCUAAGGGUCAAUUAUUGGCAUUGCUGUUGGAUGGUUUAUUUUAAUAGCGAUUAGAAAACGUUUCAAUUAUCAUAAAGGAAAAUGAGUUCGUUGGUGCGACUGUUACUAAUUCUAUCGUUGCUAAUAGAGACGUGGAGCUUAUUUUCCGGUGGCAUUUUUGAUCUAAAUUUCUUCAAGUGCAUGUGGAAGAAAGACUACGACUGCCCGCAUGAGGAUAUUCGAUUUUUCCUGUACACUCCCACUAGUAAACGAGGCAAAAUUGUGGACAUGACCCGGCCGAAGACAUUUUUCAGAGCAGGCUUCAGACCGCACCAUGAAACGGCGAUAAUCAUUCACGGUUUCAACGGGACGCAAACCAGCAGGCAUAUCAUGUUUCUGAAGGAUGCUUACCUCUCGCGCAAGUAUAACGUGUUCGCCGUAGAUUGGGAGCGGAUCUCGCAGUACCCAUGCUAUCUCUCGUCGCUGUCCAACACGAAGCUAGUCUCACAAUGCACAGCCCAGCUGUACUCAUUCAUUACCUUUACCGGGAGCCACAGCAAGCAGAUCACGUGCGUUGGCCAUUCACUCGGAGCUCAUAUCUGCGGCAUGAUGUCCCACCAUUUAACAAAACGGCAGUACAAAAUCAUAGGUUUAGAUCCAGCAAGACCACUCAUAGAGAAGCAUGCCUCGAAUCGGUUCCGGUUGACGAAAGACGAUGCCAAGGUGGUGCAAAUUAUUCACACCAAUGCCGGUUUCCUGGGACAAAGUGCGUUCACCGGAACGAUCGACUUCUGCGUUAACGGUGGCCAGACGCAACCGUAUUGCACGGGCAACUCCAUCAAACGAGCUCGAUGCAGUCAUUUCCUCAGCGUGUGCUAUCUAGCCAAUGCAGUGUUGUCGGGGGAACCAACGAUAGCUUUCCAGUGCCCUACGGGGUGUGUUCGGAAUAAUCGGAUACCAUUUGCUCCUUUGCGGUAUUCAAAUCGAAUACGAGGUAGGAUGAAACAUUACCAUAUUGGGCAGGAUACACCAGAUGAAGCCACCGGAGGAUAUUGUGUUCAUAUGGAUCAAGCAAUGAAUUGUCCAUACAACUAAAAUAGUCAGAGAGGGUUGCGUUACCAGCGUGUAAAUAUGGGUGUAAAAUUGUGAUAUAAAUAGAUUUAAGUAGCAUUAAGUAUACAAUAAAAAGUGAGACCGUUUUUAUACGUUUUUUGUACUAAUUAAA